UCUUUCUAAGUGUCAGGAGAGGAUGUGAAACAAGCCUGCUGCCUAUUCCACCACUGAAGCCCUCUCUCUCCCACCUCACUGCACUGGCUCUCCCCCAGGCCACUGACCUGCUGUUCCUCCAGAUAUACGGCCGAGGAGCUGGUUCCUUAGGUCUCUGAGAACGAGCAGCAGCAGGAGACCCACACACGGCCUCCGUCCCCACUUCAGACCACCUAUAGGCCUUCUCCAAGACCUCCACACAGCCACCAAGGCUCAUGGACUAACUCAAGCCUCCAAAUUCGGACUACAUACCAGGCGGUAACCCUCCAUCACGUUAUCAUUAGUAUUUUUUUAUUUAAACCUCCCUAUUUUUUUAAACCAAGAUCCUUUUUUUUACCUUCGACAUCACCAUCAUCAUCUUCCUCGUUUGUACCUCAUCACAUCCCAUAAUAAUAUUCGACUUCAAAAACACAGACAAGGAAGGAGCCAUGGUGUACCUGGAGAACACCAGCAACCUGGAGCUGGAGAUGACCCCCGGGGCGGGCCAGGGCCAUGGGGCCCGCGGCGGGGACGCGGCGGGGGGGAACUUCGGCGAGCUGCGGCUCCUGGAGGGCUUCUCGGAGCGCCGCGAGUCCCAGAAGCUCCAGGGGAACGCCGCACCCGAGCCCGGGUCCUGCGCCCUCCACGUAGACGGCUUCGGCGCCGCCCGGCAGGAAGACGGACACAGUUUCAGCGUGGUGAAUAUCCUCAAAGGGAAAUCAAACCAGGGCAACAUCACAGAGAGAUCCCCGCUGCUGAGAUUCUCUCAAGAUGAGAGUAUGACCUACAUGACCGUCCACGACCCCGACUACGCGGGGGAGGCGUGGGGGGCCAGCGGCGUGGACGUGGAGAAGCGCUUCCGCCUCGGCAGCGAGGUCAACAGCCUGUCCCUGUCGCGGUCAGCCUCCUCGGAGAAACACGACCCGCUGGACUUCAGCCUCAACCUCAAACUCAUCAGCAACGUCAAGUGCUGCUUCAAGAUCUCCAAAGUCACCUGCAUGUUCGUCAUCGUUGUGCUCUGCAGCUUGUUCUUCAGUAUGUAUCCUGACAGAGACAACCCCACAAGGAUGCUGGCCGUCUCCUCCACUGAAAGCUUCUUAAUGAACAUGACCGAUUUCCGUGACAACGCGCUGCUGAAGCUGCAGGUGGGCGGGCCCUUCACGGGACGGAUGGUGGAUCCGACCAAUCAGGAGUUCAUCCUGGUCCAGGUGGAGCAGACAGAGGAGGUGGGGCCACGCAGGAGGAGAGGCCAACAGGUGAUUCAUAACUGGACCAUACCGCUACACAGCGAACGAAAUGAGCAAGUCCUCAUGACGAAGACGUUUGAAAUGCUCAGCAGCGGGCCGGUGGUGGUGAGUGUGCAGGCUUUCCUCCAGGACAGCUCGGUCGUGCCCCUCUCCCUGACCCACCAGGCGCUCUACGUCAACGUGGAGACGCAGGUUGCCAUUGCGGCCUUCAUCCUCACCGGGGUCUACAUCCUCAUCAUCUUUGAGGUCGUCCAUCGCACUCUGGCCUCCAUGCUGGGCUCCCUGGCGGCGUUAGCUGCCCUGGCUAUCAUUGGAGAUAGGCCCAGCUUGGUGACAGUGGUGGAGUGGAUCGACUACGAAACUCUCGCCCUGCUCUUUGGAAUGAUGAUAUUGGUGGCCAUUUUCUCAGACACAGGCUUUUUUGACUACUGUGCGAUGAAGGCCUACCAGCUGUCCCGAGGAAGAGUGUGGCCCAUGAUCAUGAUCCUCUGCCUCAUUGCGGCCAUCCUCUCUGCCUUCCUGGACAACGUCACCACCAUGAUGCUGUUCACGCCCGUCACUAUCAGGUUGUGCGAGGUGCUGAACCUGGAUCCAAGACAUGUCCUGAUUGCAGAAGUCAUCUUCACCAACAUCGGAGGGGCAGCCACAGCUGUGGGAGACCCCCCCAACGUCAUCAUCGUCUCCAAUCAGGCGCUGCGCAAGGAGGGGAUCGACUUUGCGGGCUUCACGGGGUACAUGUCCCUGGGGAUCGUCCUGGUCCUCGUCACCUCCUUCCCUAUGCUUCGCCUGUUAUACUGGAACAAGAAGCUCUACAACAAGGAGUCCAGCGAGAUCGUUGAGCUGAAGCAUGAGAUCCUGGUGUGGCGGCAGACGGCCCAGCGGAUCAACCCCGCGAGCCGCGAGGAGACGGCCAUCAAGUGUCUCCUGAUGCAGAAGGUCCUGAACCUGGAGAGCGCGCUGCGUAACAUGAUGAAGACCUUCCAGAGAGAAAUAUCCCAGGAGGAUAAGAACUGGGAGCAGAACAUUAAGGAGCUUCAGAAAAAGCACAGGAUAACCGACACGGUUCUGCUGGUCAAGUGUGUCUCCGUCCUCGCAGUCGUCAUCUUCAUGUUCUUCCUCAACUCCUUCGUUCCCAGCAUCCACCUGGACCUCGGCUGGAUCGCCAUCCUGGGCGCGCUGUGGCUGCUGGUCCUGGCAGACAUCCAGGACUUUGAGAUCAUCCUGCAUCGCGUCGAGUGGGCCACGCUGCUCUUCUUCGCCGGUCUCUUCGUUUUGAUGGAGGCCUUGGCUCAGCUGCAGCUCAUCGACUACAUAGGAGUGCAGACAGCUCUUCUGAUCAAGGCCGUGCCAGAAGACCAGCGUCUGGCCAUAGCCAUCAUCCUGGUGAUGUGGAUCUCUGCCCUGGCCUCCUCGCUCAUAGACAACAUCCCCUUCACCGCCACCAUGAUUCCAGUUCUAAUCAACCUGAGUCAGGACGAGGAUGUCAACCUCCCCAUCAAACCUCUCAUCUUCGCACUUGCCAUGGGGGCCUGUCUGGGAGGAAACGGAACGCUGAUCGGUGCCUCGGCGAACGUGGUGUGUGCUGGCAUCGCAGAGCAGCACGGCUACGGGUUCUCCUUCAUGGAGUUCUUCAGGUUGGGCUUCCCCAUGAUGAUCAUGACGUGUGUGAUCGGCAUGUGCUACCUGCUUGUUACCCACAUCGGCCUGGGCUGGAACCUGUGAGCGGGCUGCACAUACACAGAGACGCUGUGGAUGCAAAUUAAUGUGUGUGUGUGUGUGUCUGUGUGUUGUAGUGAUGUGUGUGUGGGUUUGUGGGGGGGGGGGGGGAAAGAGGUGAUUCCUUCCUCAACAUCCCAUGAUACUGGCUGGAUGUCUAACCAGUCCCGGUUUUGGUAGAAAUAGGUUUAAACCCCGGACCCAGAAGGUUUGAUACCCAGGGCUGAUCUACAGUGAGUGAACACAUGAAGCUAGCCCAUGAUGUCGAUGGAACCUUCUAGAAGGCCCUACAACCAUGGUUCUAACGCGCUCACUAGACAACUGACAGAUGUACAGUAUGUAAGAAAAAUAUUAACAUCUCCUGAUGAUCCCACCAACAGAAGUAGCUCAUGGUCUCAACUCGACUAAACCUUCUAUAGUCAAUCUUAAGAUGAAACAUGUAAUUUAACUGUAUUCAUGUUAAAGCCAAGGGAAGAGUUUGACGCGUCAAGCUAAAUGGCUACAUUUUGUUCUGUGUGGUGCUAUAUGUCCCGUAUGGGCAUGUGUACAGACAAUUUAUAUCUUUAAAGAUUAUACAAUUGGCUACAUUCCUCACAGUGCAAAUGGUGUUUCUCUGGUUGUUUCAUCAGUAUGACUUUGAUCUGCCCACAAAGAUAACCAUGUGCUUAUUUGUACAGAAAGUAUACUGUAAUACCCAAUAAAAGGGAUUUUAUAGUGACAAUGGUCUCAUUAAGAUUUAUGAGCUAUGGCCAAAUAUUAACGCCCUGUAUCUUGUUAAACUGAAUAAUCCUGCACACUUUAAAACAAUUCAAGUGCCAACGUUAGAGCAUUAACCUAGUUUAGUGAUGUAGAUUGAUGCUAACACGUUCUCAGUAUUGGGGGAAUUAUAAUGGAUCCCUUGAAUCAAAUCACUUCACGUUUCAUCAGUAUAAAGGAGUUUCUCUAGCACUUUGAGGAGAGGCCCUUCACGCUGCCCAUCUAACUGUAUAGUAUCUCCAACCAUUGCAAACUUUGUAACUUUGAUACACUGAUCGAAAAUAAAGAUGUCAACAUGUUGGCUUCUCAUGGAUCUUCCUUAA